UUUGCGGGGACAUUGAUGUUGGUGUGCUUGUCGCAGCUGCGACUCCAAAAUAAACAUUACGCUACUCAGCACGUCGUUCACACUAACGUCUGUUUACGAGAACCUUAGAGAUCACCUGCGAAAGACACUCCCAUAUUUAUAAGAAAUAAGCAGCACAUGUACAGAGAUCGAAAAAGCGAACUGAUUCUGUAAACCAUGUCUUCACCAAGCAAGACUGUGGCCUUCAUUGGUCUCGGUGUAAUGGGAUAUCCCAUGGCCCUCAACCUUCGCAAAGGUCUCGACUCUUCCCACACCCUCCUAAUAUGCGACGUAUCCACCUCUGCCCUUGAGAAAUUCCAAUCAGACGCCUCAGGCCAAGGCCCAGUAGAAAUAGUGCAAAGCGGGUAUGAUGCAGUACAAGAAGCAGACACCGUCAUAACGAUGCUUCCGGAUUCGAAUGCCGUGAAGAAGGUGUAUAUUGACAAGGAAACGGGAGUGGUUGCUGGUGCGGAGAGACUACCAGAAGGCGGAGAGAGAAAGCUGAUCAUGGAGUGUGGUACUAUCGAAACAGCAACAAUCCUAGAGGUCGCGAAGACUGUGGAGAGUUCCAGCGCAAGCAAGAUGCUGACCUUUGUCGAUGCGCCAGUUUCGGGUGGACCGAUGGGUGCGCAGGACGGCACGUUGGCAUUCAUGGCUGGCGCAAACAACAAGGACAUCUUCCCUACCGUGAAGCAAUAUCUGAGUCAUAUGGGCAAACCGGAUGCGAUAUUUCUCUGUGGAGAUAUUGGGGCAGGCACAGCCUUCAAGGUCAUUAACAACUACCUCAGCGCCAUCACAUCGCUCGCCGCUUCUGAGGCACUGAACAUUGGUUCAAAGAUGGGCUUGGACGUCGCUCUGCUUACGGAUGUGAUCAAUGUUUCUGGUGGCCAAUGUUGGGUCACUAGCAAAAGUAACCCUGUACCCGGUAUACAAGCAAACGUACCAAGUUCGAGGGGAUAUGAAGGCGGAUUUCGCAUUGAGCUCUGUGCAAAGGUACUAGGCAUGGGUAGUCAACUUGCCGAGAUGGUGGGAGCGCGCACUAUACUGGACAAGCCGACGUUAGAGGCAUUUGGCGAAGCGAUGCAAGAUGAAAGGUACAAAGGGAAAGACGCAAGGGUGGUAUACAAAUGGUUGAACGAGAGUGAGCGAAAGUGAAGCUUGAAUCGUAUGAUAUUCGGUUCCGUUAGAUGUAUGCUGGAUUGGAAAUAUUAUAUGACUUGUUCUUGUCAAUAGACAGGAUAGCCUGAUAUGCCUCAAGGUUUCCUGUAGCAGUGCGUACGAUAUCGAAAACCCUUGAAGUGUGCUAAGCACUUUUAUGGUGACAUUUG